GGCAAGAGGAGGAGGAGGAGGAUAUCUCUCAUCCUACCAGGUGAAGGAGUCAAGCAGCAACGUGGGAUUGAGCAGGAGAGGAGGGAGAGUGAGGUGUGUGUGUGUGUGUGUGUAUGAAAGUGGGUGGGAGAGAGAGAGAGAGAGCGUGAGAGAAGAUUGCCAUCACAGGACAUACCUGUAUGGAGGAUUCUACCUUAAAUUCAGAAAUGGCUGAGGCGGAACUCCACAAAGAGCGGCUACAAGCCCUGGCGGAGAAACGGAAACGACAAUCAGAGAUCGAGGACAAACGGCAGCAGCUGGAUGACCUUGUCCUGCAGCUUCAACAUCUUAGGUCCAAGGCCAUGAGGGAGAGAUGGCUACUUCAGGGAACUCCAGUAGGCUCACAGGACCAGGAGGACAGCCAGAGGAGGCAGGUCGAACAGGACGAGCGUCACGCCAAGCAGCUGGAAGAAGCUGUUCACAGAUUGGAAUCAGAGAUCAGCUUGCUGGAGAAUGAGGAAUCCCAAAUCUCUGCCAAGGAGCAAGUCCUUCGAGAGCGUCUACGGGAGACGGAGAGAUCAAUCGAGGAUCUACAGAAAAGUCUCCAAUACCAUGAUGGAGAUGCGGUGAAUUACGUCCGUUCCCAGAUUCCCAGCCUCCCUGAGCUGAACUCCAAAGCGUCGGCCACAGCUCCGGGGAACGAGCAGCUCACAAGAAAACCUGCUUUGUACGCCAUGGAGAUCAGCGUGGAGAAAGACAGGAAGACAGGUGGCACCAAGAUCCUCUCAGCCUCGCCGGUCAGCCCCGAGGACGUGCAACCCCAGCGCGGGGUCAAAGUCUUCGACGAUGGACACAAGGUCAUCUACGAGGUGCGCUCGGGUGCCUCCACCACCCUGGAGAACGGCGUGCACGCCUGGAACGCCACGGACGUGGACGAGCUGAUGCAGCGGGUCGGCCAGUCCCAUCACCGCGGCGACACCGGCAGGGUCAUGGUCACACCCGCCGAGCCCGAGGUGCCGCCCCCAGGGCUGAGCGAACUGACGAUGCAUAAGGAGGUCAAGCUGGACACGGGUAAGACGGGCAAGAUGGGCACUGCCAUGGACCAGCCACAGAUCCAGGACGAGGUGACAGAGGCACCAGAGGCCACUUCGGAGAAGCCGGUCACCAUGAUCUUCAUGGGUUAUCACAACGUGAUGGACGAGGACGAGACCAAGAAGCUGCUCGGCUUCGACGGCACCAUCAAGGCCGAGAUCGUCCUCAUCGACGAGGACGACGAGAAGUCGCUGCGAGAGAAGACGGUCACUGACAUCUCCACCAUGGAUGGCAACGCGGCCGACCUGGUGUCCGGCCGCCCGCUCUCCGACAGCACUGAACUCUCCUCAGAGGGAAAGGAGGAGAGCGUGGCCACCAAGGACCUCCCAGCCACAGCAGGGUCAGCGCUGGAUGCUGGUAUGCCAUCUGCAGGGAACGGGACACUGCCCGGGCUGAAAUCCUCCAAACCCCCAGAGGAUGACAGUGAGCUGAAGAGAGAGAGGAACCUAAAGAGUGUCAGUUUCUUAGACUCUGUAAGCGUGAUAUCUGGAGGCAAGGACAACAUGGAGCUGGAGACCCAGAGCGAGAGCCAGAACUGCCACACCGGCGCAGGCCAGAAUGGCACGGCACACCAGGGCCAAACCAUGGACACAGAGGUGGCUCAGGAGAUCCGUUACCUUGAUGAAGUCCUUGAGGCAAACUGUUGUGACCCUGCGGUGGACAUGACUUCGAACGGAACCUCUUCCCCUGAGCCACGAUCGAUCAAUGUUGACGGCAACGGGCCCUCAGUCGAAGUAUCUGACGCGUCACCGCCAACUAAUCAUGGGGUUGUAGUGGAGAGAAGAAUGCAGAGCACUUUUGUGGGUGAAGACAGGGACAACACCAAACCGAACGGGCACUCAGUUGUGGUCACUCAGGAUGACAAGAUGCUUGGGAAGCAGCCGCUGACGACCAUCAAAAAAGAAGCACGCUUCGAGCUGCGCAGUUUCCAGGAGGAGAAGAAGCCGUCAAAGCUCUUCGACGCUCCGGCGGAGAAGGAGAUCCGCGUGAAGAAGGUCCGGCCGUCCGAGGAGAUCGCUGAACUCGAGAAGGAACGCCUGGAGCUGAUCCGCGGCCAGGCAGUCAAGAAGAACCCGGGGAUCGCCGCAAAGUGGUGGAACCCUCCUCAAGAGAGGACCCUGGAGGAGGAACUGGACCCAGAAAAGCUGGAGUCGCACAGGAAGUACGAGGAGAGGAAGCAGAGGAAGAUGGAGUCCAGCCGCGCCACGCAGGCGUCCCCAAAUCCAACUGCCCCGAGCCCAACGUCCUCCUACACCCCUCCACCAGAGCCUGUGAGCAAAGAGGACAUUGUGACAGAGCAGGUGGACUUUUCAGCGGCUCGGAAGCAGUUUCUGCAGAUGGAGCACACGAAGCAGCCGGCCGCAGGCCCGAAGCGAGGAGUCGCUCCGCAGUUGUACUCUGCCAAGCCGUUCUCCCGAGUGUCAGAGGUCGCACACGUCGAAAGGCCCGGAGGUUACGUCACCAUCACCAGCCAGGGGUCACACGGCCUGGAUGAACGCUGUGAUGUGACGACGGUAAAAACCGAAAGGAUUUUCUGCAGCCCAGGAGAUUCGCCCUCGCAAAGCAUGGCAGAGAAUGAGAGAAAGGACAGUGUGAAAGCCUGGAACGAGGAAAGUGACUUCACCUGUGCCCACGCUGUCAUGACUUUGGUGAAGGAUGAAGAGCCCGAAAUGUUCCAAGUGCAGCGAUCCUCAAACAGCUCGUACCACCCAGAGGAGAUCGACUCAGGGCUGGACGACCUGUCCGUGCGUUCACAGGACACGACCGUUCUGGAGACUCUAUCCAACGACUUCAGCAUGGACAACGUGAGCGACAGCGGAGCAUCUAACGAGACCAUGAGUGCCUACCUGGAGAACUCUCUGGGAGACUACUCCUUUCCCUCCACCCCAAUGGCCACCACGCCCAUCAACGGGAAGUCAGAGAAGGGCACCAAAUCGCCGGACAACCACAGUGUGUCUCUCUCUUACCAAGUGGACAGUCUGACCGAAGAGGAGCUGGAGUACCAUGCCGGAGUCCUGGUGCAGUCUGCCAUUGAGCAGGCUAUCGCCCAGCAGAACGAUGAGUGGGAGCCGAGACAGGCCACCCAGCAGUCGUCCCCGAUCCCAGAGCGACGUGUCGAGGUGGUCGAGCCUGCUCCGCAACCUCGGGAACCUCCAGUCUCUCCUGUGCCUGCACCCACCGCUUCUCCCAGAGUGCCAACCCCCGUGGAAGAGAAGAGAAGUGCAGCCACCUCUCCUACGAUCACCGUCCCUAGUGCCCCCAGGGUCUCCAGCAUGCCUAGUAGCCCUACUCCUGCUCAUACUCCUGCUCCUACUCCUGCUCCUGCUCCUGCUCCUGCUCAUGCUGCUGGUCCGACACACGUGGGCCCAUACAAGCCGCCCAGUCCUUCCCCACCUCCCAGCGAGAAGCAGGAGUUCAGCUACUUCAGCAAGUACUCAGAGACUCCUGCUCCUGGUCCGACACACGUGGGCCCAUACAAGUCGCCCAGUCCCUCCCCACCUCCCAGUGAGAAGCAGGAGUUCAGCUACUUCAGCAAGUACUCAGAGACUCCUGCUUCUGGUCCGACAAACGUGGGUCCAUACAAGCCGCCCAGUCCCUCCCCACCUCCCAGUGAGAAGCAGGAGUUUAGCUACUUCAGCAAGUACUCAGAGGCUGCAGAGCUGAGAAGCACAGCGUCCGUGCUGAAGAACCAGGACGUGGAGGUGACCGCGGGACCCUUUAAGCUGCGCUCCCGCAAGCAGCGGACCCUGUCCAUGAUCGAGGAGGAGAUCCGAGCUGCCCAGGAGAGAGAGGAGGAGCUGAAGAGGCAGCGCCAGACGCGGUGCGUCCGACCCCAACCUGCUGCAAGCCACAAGCAGAAGACCAACAGCCUCCCCGCCAAAUUAGUUCUCCCAGGAAAGACAGCACCAGGCAAGAUUGAGAAGAUUCGCCCGGUCCCUCCUGCUUCUCCCUGCUCCUCCGAGGGGCCUCUCCCAUCACCCCUCUCCGAUUUGGGCAGCGAUGACUCCGGGGGCAGCCAGCGCCCCAAAAACCUCAUGCAGACCCUGAUGGAGGACUUCGAGAGCCACAAGGUUAAACGCAGAGAGAAAGUUGAGGAUAAUAGUUAUGCCCGUUUAAAGCUCGCUAGUGGGGUGACAUCUGAGGUACCUGUCAAAAUGCUUCAUUUGCAAGUGUUCGAUUUCCAAUCCAUGCUGUUAUCAUUUGCAUGUCCCCUUUCUGUUGUUGUUGUUGUUGUUGCUGUUUUUGUUGUUGCUGUUUUUGUUGGUCUCAUUGAUGUUUUUGUGGUUUUGUGUUUUUUUGGGGGGGGCCAUUGUUGUCGAUGGGUGUAGCAUGAUGCCAACGCUGUGGCACGGAUCCGUGUAAGUGUUGGUGUUGCCGAGAGACGGCGGCUGUGAGGAGCGCAGCGUCCGAGCUGUGCCCCACUGAAACCCGCAGGACAUGGCGUGGCGUGGCGUGCUUUAAUGGCCUGCCCUAACCCAACACUGUGUUCAAAAACACAAGCAGAAGCAGAUGUGUUUGCUCCUUGUCAAUCCUCCACACACUGAGUGUUAAAUAACCCUCUGCAACCCACCCCCCCUGGUCACUAGUGGAAUGGGGCGCGGGGGGGGUUGGGGGGAGUAAUGUCCAGUCUUUUAUAAGACAGAGAACACCAGUAGGUUUUGCAAAUGUUCUUUCAAAUCUUGGGAGAUUCUUAAAAGUUAAAAUUGCAUGAUUCUCUCAUGCAUAGUGUUGCUCACACAGCAGGUAGUUAAUUUGCACCUUGACAGAGCUUAUUGAAAUCUGAACACAGCACAGUAAAGUUAUAGUCCAACAGAUCAAUUCAAUUGAAUUUAGUCAAGUUCAAAUCCAUUCAAAAUUAUCUCUAUUCUUGAAACUGUGGAACACUCUCCCAAGAUAAUGCCAGAGAGACAUCCGUUUGCCACUGAACCUUUAUUUACACGUUAGCAAUUAUUUUUGAUCGGUACACAGAGCAGCUAUAAAAGACUGGACAUUCUGGUUCGCUGGAAUUGAAAAGCACUGCCCUCGGCCUUUAUGCAACACCUGUUAACAAACCCCACACAGAGCGGCUCCUUCGGCUCAGUCGCGUGGCAUGACAGCCUUUUCCUCUGUUGAGUUUGUGUGAUAUUGAUUGAGUUCUAUUUUAAGCCUGUGUUCACUUCAGCUUGGAUUCAUAUGAGUGAGUGUGUCCUGUGUGUGUGUGUGUGUGUGUGUGCAAAAUGAGCAAUCAGCAAACUGUGUUUGAGCAUGUGCUAAAACCUACAUGAGGCUGACAAAGCAAUGGAUGGUUGUGUGUGCAUGUGUUUGGGUGUUGAGAUUUACUGAGCACAACUGUCUAGACCACAGAGAUCAGAAUGCACCACUGCCUGAAACUUAAUGGUUUUAUAUCAAUUAAUCAGAAUAGACAGACAUAUAAUAUAGGCAGCUUUUAGUUAUUCAUUGACCCAAUCAGUCUAAUCUCCUUAGACACUGUGUAAGAUUAGGAUCCGGAUUUGGUCCAAAUGGUUUAAAAUUUGUUGUACACAAAUAGGUAAUGGCCCUUGUAAUAUAAUUGAUGUUUGUAAGUGGCCUUGGAUAAAAAACUAAAUGAAUAAAUGCAAAUGGCAUUUCCAUACUCACAUAUCUUUAGAUCAUAGUCACAUGAAAAAGGCUGAUUGUACUAUUGUCGUUUUAUAACUCCAUAAAAAGGGAUCCAAAUAGAAAUGCUCAAAUAUAGUUUAGAGCUGGAAUAAGGCAAAGGCAUUUAGUUCUUGUCCCGAAACUAAGCCAGGUCUUCUUUUGUCCAGGUGCUGGAGGCUACUCGGGUGACCCGUCGAAAAAGCAACAUGGCGCUGAAAUGGGAGGCUGGGAUGUACGCCAACUUGGAAGACGGCGAGGAAGAAGAGGAGGAGUAGACACAGUGA